AUGGAUCAACUGGUGUUCGAUUUAAAUGCAGCAUUAAAUGAAACGUAUUCAAAAACGAUAACGAGAACAACGAAGUCAAAACGACGAAAAAAACGUACAACAACUAAUAAUAGUUCAAAUAGUGUGAAUAUCGCAUGUCGUUCCGAUGUGUCAGAUAGUACAACUCAAGAAAAUUUAACAUUAAGAAUGACUUGUCACAGUGAGGGAGAAGAUUUUGAAAUACCUUCAAAGUCUGAUUCAACGUCUAGAAUUGAUCCAUCAUCAAGACGUCGUCGUCGUCGACCAUUUAAGAAACCAAGCCCUCCGAUAAUUAUAUCAACAUCGACCAAUGUUAUGAUCACUAGUUCUGACCAAUUAAUGAAAAAUCGUGUAAUUGAACAUAUAAAAAUACCAUCAUCAUCAAACAUAACAAACACAUCUGGUAGUGAAUGUGGUGGUAACAACACGUCAAAUUCAAGACAACGUCGACGACAAUAUUUCAGUGAAAGUAGUUGGAAUAAUAACGAAAUGCAUAAUAAUGUUGACACCACCCAUUCUUCUUCCUCGUCCUUUUCAAUAACAACAGUUGGAAAAAGAAAACGUUCGGCUCGCGCAUCAUCUCGUUUCAUUCAUAAUUCUCGUGAGGAUCUUCAUCGGCCAUUGAGUAGUUCAAUGAAUGAAUGCGAACGAACGCUGAUGGAUGACAAUAAUCGAACUGAAAUCAGUAGCAGUAGCAGUUUGAAUUUAAGUGAUAGUGACCCUUCACCAACUAGUAAUGAAGCUGAUGAUGAACAGUCGGAUUUUCCAAGAGAUGAAAGUGUACCGCAUGUUGUAAAAUGGUGGAAAGACAAGAACAAUAAUGCUGCUGCUAAUGGCAAAAUGUUAUCAUCAACAGAUGUUAAUAUUGAAAAAGUAGUAAAUCGAGCAUUUACAGUCAUGUUCCAAUCGUCAAAAACAUCAUUUCGAAAUCGUAUUAAAUCAUAUAUGACUAGUAGAGAAAUUCUGACAGGAAAUCGGCAUACAACAUCUAACGAUAUUAAAAAAUAUAUUUCAACACAUGUGAGAAGACAGUCAAAACUGCUAAGAGAUAACAAACGAUCAUAUCACAAUAGUUAUAAUCAUAAAAGAAGAAAAUAUUGUCAAAUUAAUUCAAAUAAAACUGAUGAAACUUGUCUUAUACCUCCAAUGUCAGCCUCUGCAAGCAAUAUCGGUCAUCAAUUAUUUCAAAAAUUUGAAUGGGAAUCCUGUUUUGAUUUAGGUACAGUCUCAUCUAGAAUUAUAACUCCUGUACAAGUAAUUUAUCAAAAUUAUCGUGGAGGGCUCAGACAUGAGGUGGACUCUUUAAAAACUGACUAUGAAACUAAAGACGAUAGUUUUAAUGAAAAAAUGGAUGGAUAG